AUGAGCGCCGUAUCCAUGCAAGUGGCCUUGCUUGUGACCGUGGGCCUAGCCUCGCUAUACAGUAUUGUUUGGGGCGGCAACUCGCGGCUAGCCAAAUACACGCUUGCGUGGGCAUGUUUCCAUCUGGCCGAGUACGGCUGUACCAAAAGGUACCUGCCUCGCACAGUGACGCCGCAUCUGUUUUUGAUAUGGGGUGCCCGUGGGGCUGUGCCUUUAGCAGCAGUGCAUUUGGCCAGCAUAUGCGAGUACUUGCUCACGCGGAAGUACGGGCGGCACCACGGCCUGCCGGCCUGCGGGGUGCUUUUGGCUGCAGCAGGCAUCUUUGUUCGUGGGAAAGCCAUACAUGACUGCGGCAACUCGUUUUCCCAUUACAUUGAAACUGAGACGCCGCAGAGGCUCGUCACCUCCGGGAUAUACGCGUGGUGCCGGCACCCGAGUUACGCCGGGUUCUUGCUAUACGUGGUGGGCAUGCAGACCAUUUUGGGGAACGUGCUCGUGCAUGCGCUCAGCUUGGUUGUGCUUGUCCGCUUCUUUGGCCGCAGAAUCCAGAUCGAGGAGCAUUUUCUUGUGGCCCGUUUCUACGGGGCCCGCUACGAGGAGUACCGUGCUCGUGUUUGUGCAUUGGUGCCCUACGUGUAUUGA